AGAAGCUAGGGCUGCAGCGCAACAGCUUAUGCAGAGGUUUUGUGUGCUGGCUCUGCUCGGGUUGUCGCUGUGCGCGGCUAGACCGUCGGACCGGCUGCCGAUGCUCGCGAAGCGCAGGAUCGACGCCUCUGCCGGUUUCAGCGAGGUGCCUCUGGAGCCGCUCGACGAGUGGGUGGCGAACCACGAGGUGCGGCCUCGGCUCAACCCGCGGCGAGGAGCUGGCCUCAAGUCGCAGCAGACGCUGCUGGCGGCGCGCGCGCCCUAUGUCGUCAAGGGCCGGAGUCUUGCCUACCGGCGGGCGAUCAUCGCCACUAUAUGGUCGUUCGUCGCGACCAUCGCGUUCGGGGUUGGGGUCGUGCUACCGAUGAAGGGCAGCGAGGGGUGCAUCAACUUCUUCACCGCCUUCCUGGUAGAGAAGUCGCUCUCGGUGGACAACCUGUUCGUCUUCCUGAUGAUCUUCGACUACUUCAAGGUCCCCGAGCAGUACACCCAGCGCGUCCUCAAGUGGGGCAUCCUCACGGCGCUCGCACUCCGCGCCGUCAUGAUCGGCGUCGGUGUCGCGGUGGUGCAGAGGUUCCGGCCGGUGCUUCUCGUCUUCGCGCUGGUGCUGGUGGUCUCCGCGAUCAAGAUGCUCAUGCCCGAGCACGAGACCGACCUCGCCGACAACGCCAUGAUGAAGAUCGCCACUCGCUUCGUCGACGCCACCGACUACUACGACGGCGAGAAGUUCAUGACCAAGGUGAACGGCGUGCGCAAGGCGACGCCGCUGCUCGUGGUCCUCGUGAUGAUCGAGCUGUCGGACGUGAUCUUCGCCGUCGACUCGAUCCCCGCGGUGGUCGGCAUCACCAGCGACGCGAUGGUCGUCUACUCCUCGAAUGUGUUUGCGCUCAUGGCCCUCCGCUCCCUCUACCUCCUCCUCUCCAAGUCGGUCGAGUCGCUCUACUACCUGCGGCACGCCGUCGCGCUCAUCCUCUUCUUUGUCGGCGCGAAGAUGGUGGUCGAGUUCUUCCACUUCCACGUCAGCGCCUUCACCUCGCUCGCCGUCAUCGUCGGCUUGCUCACCGGCGGCGUCGCCGCCUCGCUGCUCCGGAACCGACGCAUGACCGCCGCGGCUGCGAGCAGCGAGGGGCAGGGCGCGAAGCGGCACGGCGUCGAUGCGGUCUGAAGCCGCAGCCGGGCCGCUUGCGCGCGCGCUCGUCCCUUCUGAGAGCAGGCUCUAUCUAGCACCACGUCCACGUGCGCCGUGCUUGGCCCAGCUACUCUCAGCUACCAUGGAGUUGUACCCUCGCAUGCGGUCUCUCUCUCCGGGUGCAUGUGCGACGCGCUCUCUCUCGCGCGCGCAGCGCCACCACGUGUCGCGGGCGCUGUCUCUGAUCGCCGCGCAUCGCGCGUGCUCGCGCUGUCGAGCCCUAUUCUUUCCUCGUGCGUCGUGGUCCCGUGAUGCUCGUCCGCGUGCGGGUGCAGGAUCCCCAGGAGAACCGAAACGACCUCUGUGAGCUGUGACGUGUUCGCACGGCUCUGGUAAAUAAUACAUACACGGACA